AUGGUCUUCUCAACCACCAAGCUCCUCGCCCUGGCCGCGACCAUUCCCACUCUGGCCCUGGCCGCCUGCCCCGGCCCCGACGUCAACAAGGACACUCUGGACCUGAUGAAGUCCUACGAAGGCUGGGAAGCUGAUGUCUACGAUGACGGCUACGGAAACCCUACCGUCGGAUACGGACACCUCUGCGAUGACUCCAAGUGCUCCGAUGUCAAAUACGACAUCCCUCUGAGCAAGAGCGAUGGACUCAAGCUCUUCGCGGAUGAUAUUACUUCCUACCAAAACGGCGUCGCAUCCGCCCUAAAGAGCUCCGUCAAGCUAAACGACAACCAAUACGGCGCGCUCGUGUCGUGGUGCUUCAACGUGGGCGCCGGCGCCGUGCAAUCCAGCAACCUCGUCGAGCGGUUGAAUGCAGGCGAGAGCCCGAAUACCGUGGCCGAGGAGGAGCUGCCCAAGUGGAAGCUCUCGAACGGGGAGGUGUCAGAGGGCCUGCUGAAGAGACGUAAGGCCGAGGUGAAGCUUUUCCAGACGAGUUCGAAGACUUCGGCUUUGCCUGCGGACUGCUAG